AUGGCUGCAGCGCGCUCUUCCCAACAUGCGUCUGCGAGCGACCAGGCCAUAGCGACGGGAAUUGAACAUGACCCUAAGGGAAAGAAUUUCGUCAGAACAAAAGCAGCAGAUCUUGAGGCUGAGGCGCACGGAGACGGCGACAAGGGAUCCGACGAUUCUUUGUUUGGAGAAUCCGAAGGGAAGGAAAUCACACCAGUUGAGGCUUUCAAAUGGAGUGUUGAGGGGGACCAGUCUCCAUUUCCCGAAGUCGCCGCGUGUGUGUCCAACAAGGAUGAUCCUAGUAUACCCUGUAACACUGUGCGCGCCUGGAUACUUUUGACCAUAUUUGUGAUUCUGUUCUCCGGUGUUAACCAGUUCUUCGGCCUUCGAUAUCCAAGUCUCUCAAUUGGGUAUGUCGUGGCGCAGUUACUUGUCUAUCCCAUCGGUCGCGCGUGGGAAAGGCUUCCACGGUGGACAGUUCCACUGGGCAAGUUUUCUUUUGACGUCAACCCCGGUCCAUUCAGCGUCAAGGAACAUGCUCUGAUUGUCAUUUGUGUGAAUAUUAGCGCAAGUACAGCGUAUGCUCUGGGCGCCCUUGUUGCUAUUGAAAGCCCUGUUUUUUGGAAUCGCGAUUAUGGUGCCGGAUUCGGCUUCCUCUACCUGUUAACCACUCAGAUGCUGGGAUUUGGAUUUGCCGGACUUGCCCGUCGAUGGCUGGUCUAUCCGGCUGCCCUCGUCUGGCCAACGUCGCUAUCUUCCACGGUUCUCUUCCGUGCGCUUCAUGAGCCAGAAUCGCGCACACCAGCAAACGGAUGGACGAUCACGCGUUACCAAUUCUUUGGCUAUUUCACACUCUUUGCGUUCGUGUUAUUUUGGUUUCCCGAUUACAUCUGGACAAGUCUCAGCACUUUCGCCUUCAUUACAUGGAUUGCGCCUCACAAUCAGAAGGUCAACACACUCUUUGGUAUGAACUCUGGUCUUGGUCUGCUGCCAAUCAGCUUCGACUGGACCCAGAUCAACCAGGCCGGAAAGCCUCUUACCACACCGUUCUAUGCUACGUGUAAUGUGUUCGCUGUUGUGGUUCUGUUCUACUUCUUUCUCGCACCGAUACUCUACUAUUCCAAUAUCUGGAAUAGUUCAUACCUCCCACUUCUAUCAUCAAGCACCUUUGACAACACCGGCGCAACCUACAAUGUUACACGGGUAGUCGACGAAAGCCUCAACUUCGUGGAAAGCAAAUACCAGACCUACUCGCCCAUGUAUAUCUCCAUGUCCUACGCGCUCACCUUCGGGCUGUCCUUCGCAGCCGUGACUUCCAUGGUCGUUCAUACUUAUCUCUACCACGGCUCCGAGAUCUGGGCCAAGCUCAAGAAUUCGCGCGCUGGUGGCGAGGAUAUCCAUCGCCGGUUAAUGCACGCCUACAAAGAGGUCCCUGACUGGUGGUAUGCUGUGCUCACGGUGGUGAUGGUAGGGUUGAGCAUUCUCACCAUACGAUUUUGGGAAACAGGGCUUCCUGUCUGGGGAUUCAUUGUCGUUUGCUGCGGUCUUCCCGCGAUCUUAACCAUUCCGGAAGGCAUCCUUGAGGGUACAACUAAUCAACGUGCCUUUCUCAACAUCAUCACAGAACUGAUUGCUGGGUACGCUUGGCCCGGAAAGCCUAUUGCCAACUUGAUGGUGAAGUGCUACGGCCAUAAUUCUAUCAAGCACGGGAUGGACUUUGCGCAGGACUUGAAGCUAGGACAGUACAUGAAAAUACCCCCACGCGUCCUGUUCGUCGGUCAGAUCUACUCCUCGGUGCUAUCAACUAUGACCCAGACUGGCGUCCUUCGGUGGAUGUUCGGCCACAUCACCGAUCUUUGCCAAUCAACCAAUACUCAAAGAUUCACUUGCAACGGAGCCAAAGUCAUGUACAACGCCUCGUUGAUCUGGGGAACCAUUGGUCCCCAGAGACUGUUUCAAGCCGGUCAGACCUAUAACGGACUGAUGUACUUCUUUUUAAUUGGACCUGUUGUCACCGUACUGGUGUAUCUCGUAUAUCGGCGCUUCCCUAACAGCUGGCUGCGCUAUGUCAACAUCCCUGUCUUCUUCAACGGUGCUGGCAAUAUUCCUCCUGCAACGACAACGCAAUACUCCCUCUGGUUCAUCUUUGGGUUUAUCUUCAACUAUCUCAUUCGGAAACGUGCCUUCUCAUGGUGGAAGCGGUACAACUAUCUCCUACAAGCCUCCAUGGACACCGGCACUGCCUUGGCCACUAUUAUCAUCUUCUUUGCCCUGGGCUAUCACGGCGUGAAGCUUAACUGGUGGGGAAAUACCGUUGGAUCAAAUACAGAUGACGCAAAUUCUGUCCCCUGGCGCACGGUAUCUGAGGGAGGAUAUUUUGGCAAGGGACCCGGCCAGUUUUAG